AUGGUAGAAAUAACAUACAAUGAAAAUAAUUUUAAGUACGGUUUAUCCACAUUGCAUGCCUGGAUAAAAUUUUUAGAGCGCACUUUACAAAUUGUAUAUAAAUUGGAAUCGGCUCCAACAACUAAAAGAACAACUGCUGUACAAAAAAUUUUAAUUUCAGAAAAAAAGGAAGAAAUACAAUUUCGUCUUUGGGAAGAAUUAGGUUUAAAAGUUGACAGAGGGGUUCAGGGUAUGGGUACAUCAAAUACGGGGAAUGUUGCUCGAAGAUUUUUUAAGAAUCCGGAGAGAGUCUCCGAGAUUCCAGGAUUUGAUGUUCGUUUAAUCCAUACAUAUUCAAUAAUAAAACCGUGA